GGGGAGUGGAGGUGGACCAGCAACACAGCCUGCAGCAGGUGGAAGGUGGCGGUUCCUGCACAUACUCGGUACACAGCCCCAGAGCCACUGAGCACUGGACAGUCAGAGAGGCCAAACAGCUUCUAGAACUGGAGCAGAAAGGUGUGGCCCAGGGCCAGCCCCGCCUCCUCCCCGGGCGGAAGCUGUGUGUCAGUUGCCGGAAGUUGGCGUGAGGUGGGGCUUAUGCGGCGGCGUGGUGAAAUAGAUAUGGCGACCGAGGGGGAUGUGGAGCUGGAGUUAGAGACUGAGACCAGUGGACCAGAGCGGCCUCCCGAGAAGCCACGGAAACAUGACAGCGGUGCGGCGGACUUGGAGCGGGUCACCGACUAUGCAGAGGAGAAGGAGAUCCAGAGUUCCAAUCUGGAGACGGCCAUGUCUGUGAUUGGAGACAGAAGGUCCCGGGAGCAGAAAGCCAAACAGGAGCGGGAGAAAGAACUGGCAAAAGUCACUAUCAAGAAGGAAGAUCUGGAGCUGAUAAUGACCGAGAUGGAGAUAUCUCGAGCAGCAGCAGAACGCAGUUUGCGAGAACACAUGGGCAACGUGGUAGAGGCGCUUAUUGCCCUAACCAACUGAUGCGUGCUUUCUCAAAUAUACCUACUGGAUUAAUUUAUGGCAAUAAAAAUUUUUGUCUUUUUCAGUUUUA